AUGGCAAGUGUCCACGAGGCGAUUGAGUCACUACAAUCCUCGAACGAUGUUGUUAUCAUUUGGGUACCCUGUAUUGCACAUGUGAUCCAGCUGAGUCUCAAAGAUCUCCUUGGGAAGAUGAAGGCUGCUCCAAAGAUUGAUACAGCUGAGCAGACAUGGUCUGAUGAUCGGGUGGAUAGUCUUCAUUCGAAGCCUUGCGAUUUAUAUCAACGCGAGUCCUCAGCGCCAAGAGUCAUUCUACAACUUGCAAACCAAGGAGCCAAAGCUUGUGCCAAUCCAGGAUGUUGCUACUCGGUGGAACUCCACGUUCUUAAUGCUUGUACGCGCAAAGAAACUCCAGUAGACCUUCGAUACUUUCUGCUCCCAGUACGACCAAGAGCACUUUGCCUUGAGUUAGGAGCAGUGGUGCCUUUUCACCGAUUUACGACCCUUCUCUCGAAGUCCAAGGAUGUUAUUAUCUAUUGGGUUUUUAAGGUCUACAAUAAGUUGUUUGACCACCUGGAAAAGUCAAUUAGACAGCUUAGACAGAAGAGG